AUGUCGUCCUCGGCUGCCGCCGAUGCAAAGAAGCUGCAGUCUCGAUGGGAGGAGCUCUGUCGCCGCCUUGAGGUGAGCCCAGCCGACACCGCGAAAUGGUGGCAGACCCUGGAGACACGGCAUGGGGAGCCCCAGCGAUUCUAUCACACCCUGUCUCACCUGGCCGAGAUGUUUGGCUACUUUGACGAGCAUACUGCCUCUAUCGAAGAUGCUGCAUCUGUGGGCUUGGCGAUCUUCUUCCAUGAUGUGAUCUACAACCCACGGGCUGGCAGCCCGCAGAACGAAAAGGACAGUGCCGACUUGUUCGACAUAUUCGCGCAGGAGGCCCUGCCGGCGGGCGCGCCGCCUGGUCAUCAGAAGGGCCUCCUUGCGAGCAAGGUCAGAAGAUGGAUCGAGCAGACUGCUCACCACAAGUGUGCAGACGGUGACGAGAUGGACUGCAGGCUGUUCAUGGACUUUGACAUGGCAGUGCUGGGUCGGCCCUGGGAGCAAUACGAAGAGUACAGUCGACAAAUUCGCCAAGAGUACUGCCACGUGCCGGAGGCUGUGUUCUGCCUUGCGCGCUCCGCUUUUUUAAAAUCUGCUGCCGCUGAUCUCAGCUUGCCGAUCUAUGCCACAGACGCGUUCCGGGACUCCCGCGAGUCGCAGGCCCGUGCCAACGCGGCAAAGGAGGCCCAGCUACUCUCGGAGCAAUUCGAGCGAUGUUCGCUCUUGGCGCGGCUUACAGCGACGGCCGGAUUGCGCCUGCAGAAAUUCGCCAAAAACGGUUGGGUGGCGAGAUGCGGAGCUGGAUCCGCUUUGGCUCUGGGUGCUGCUGCAGCGCCCUCCGCGUGUGUCAUGGGCAUCGGGCUGCCCCUGGCCUCUCUUCUAGGUUACUUCGGUAUUUGCCUGGGCACCAGCAGCUACCUUCGCCAACCCCUUGCACCCCCAGCGGUGCGUGAGCAAGGCUUGACCGUCACUGCUGGAUCCUACAACCCGCCACACAACGGACAUCUCGAAGUGGUCAGAUACCUCGCAGCGAGGUAUGAGCGAGUGCACAUGGUCAUUGGGGUAAACCCGUCCAAGACCUAUGCCGUGAGCCCAUACGUCCGACAGGAGCUGCUCCGGGCAAUGCUAAAAGAGCUUGGCCUGGCGAAUGUGGAAGUCUUCAUUGUAUAUAGCUAUCUCUGGAAGCAUGCGCAGAAGCACGGUGCCAAAGUCAUGUACCGCGGAAUACGCAGCUUGCAGAAGGACGGCCUCGACGAGAAGAAGCUUGAGUUUCUGAACUUGGCGGGACAGCUCAUUCUCGCUGGCCGACGCCCGAUCCCAACGGCGUACAUCCAGGCAGAUCCAAGGUUUCUACACGUCUCUUCGACGCUGCUGCGACAGCGGCUACAAGAUCGCGAGACGAUUGCCGACCUUGUGCCUCCCGGCUGUGCAUCUCUGGUCCAAGAGGCCUACGGCUAG